AUGUCUUAUGCUCAGAGAGGUCAUGUUUUAGCCAUAGAGCGUCUUGCUCCGAGGUUAGCUGCACUGAGAAUAGAACUCUGUCCUUACCACAUGACUGUUGGUUGCUUCUGGAAAGUCUAUUUUGUUCUUCUCCAUUCACGGCUCAGUAAACACGAUGCUUACCUUUUGUCUUCCCCACAGGUGAUGGAAGCGAUAGCAUUGUGGAUGAAAGAGCUUCAGAAUCAAACUAAUUCCACUAAAACAGGUCGUGGAGAUAUUCUUCAGGAGCCAUCAACUUCGAGUUUCUACCACCAUGCUCCUCCUGAGUUUCUUUCUCCAAGAAUAUAUGCCUUUGAACCUCCUUCAAUCAUGUAUCGCGACGUUGAAACGGUGUCUCAGAAUGUGCAGUUCAUCGAUAAAGCUGUUAUCGAGGAAGAACCAAUCCAGAAGAUCGAUAAAAAUAGUGGAAGCCUAAGGCCAACACUCAAAGAUGAUGAUGAUGAUGAUGAUUGGCCAGAAGAGGAAGAUUGUGGUCAUAAGUGGGCUCCAAUGUACACAGUGAAUGAGGAUGAUGUUUCUUUCAGUGAUCUCGAAGGUGACGACGAUAUAAGUAGCAUAGUACUCAAAUCUAAUAGUACUACCUCAAAGGGCAUAAACCAAAAAGGAACAUGAAACAUCAUCUCUGGUUGUAAUGAAGCCGGCUUGUUGCUUUGCCCCCUAACUCGAGAUCGAAUCAAUGGAACUGAACAUAAGGAUUUGUGCUGAGACAAAUCGUGAAGAAGUCUGAGUUGGAUUGCUUGUGAGAGAAAGAAGAAGGUUUUGAAACAUGUACAGAAGAGUUCUUUGAUCACUUCAAUUGCAUUGUAAGGAAA